AUGCUAGUGCAAGCUUAUAACCUAAUGGCUCAUGCCUUCCUUCUCUUCCUCUUAUUCUCUUACAUUAUAUCUACACAUAUUCAUGCCUGCAAACAAACUGAACGCAGCUCCCUCUUGUCCUUCGCCCACACUUUAUCUUCUUCUCCUUUAAAUUGGACAUCCAUUGAUUGCUGUCGUUGGAAGGGCAUCACUUGUGAUCAAGAUGGUUGGGUCACCCGUUUGCUCUUGCCUUCCAAAGGACUCAAAGGAGGUAUCUCUCCCUUUGCACUUGCAAAUCUCACCCACUUGAACCUUUCCCACAAUUCACUAUAUGGCUCACUUGAGACUCAGUUCUUCUUGUCUUUGAAUAAACUUGAGAUCCUAGAUUUGAGCUAUAACCGUCUUUCUGGAAAGCUACCACUUUCUUUACCAUCCAGCAGUAUCCAGACAGUUGAUUUGUCCAGCAAUCACUUCUUUGGUGCAAUUCCAUCUUCAUUCUUCCAACAAGCAAGCAACUUGACUAGUUUCAAUGUCAACAACAAUACCUUCACAGGGUAUGUCCCAUCCUCUAUUUGUCUCCAUUAUUCUCCCUCCCUUAGGCUAUUGGAUUUUUCUUCCAAUCUAUUUAAUGGUGACCUUGCUCCUGGGUUAGGGAAGUGUUCUGAAUUGCAGGUUUUUCGUGCCAGUCGCAAUAACCUCUCAGGAUUACUUCCAGAAGAUAUCUAUAAUGCUACUAAACUUGAAGAAAUUGCAUUGCCUUUCAAUUCACUACAUGGAGCCAUUAGUGAUAAAAUUGUCAACCUCACCAACCUUGCCAUCCUUGACCUCUCCUUUAAUCAUUUUGGGGGCAAGCUUCCUCUCAAUUUGGGGAAGCUCUCCAAGUUGAAGUUUGUGACCUUUGAUUUCAACAAUUUUGAAGGAGCUUUGCCCCCAUCUUUGAUGAAUUGCACAAACCUUGUAGAAUUGCAUUUGGGAAACAACAACUUGGAAGGAGAAAUCUCCAUGCUUGAUUUCUCAAGGCUGAGUCAACUUACUAAACUUGACCUAAGGUUCAAUAACUUCACUGGUACAAUUCCAGUAAGCCUUUACUCGUGUAGGUCCCUAAAAGCCAUUGGAUUGUCUAAAAAUCCUCUAGGGGGACAAAUAGAAGCUGAGAUUCUUUCAUUGAAAUCCUUGUCCUUCCUCUCUAUUGGGUUCAACCGAUUCACUAACCUCACAGGGGCAAUGCAGAUAUUCAUGAGUUUCAAAAGUCUUCACGCACUCUUGCUCAGUGGUUCCUUUGUGGGUGAGGGAGUGCCAUCUGAUGAUGACAUGGUUGCUUUUCAUGGAUACCAAAAUCUUCGGGUUUUGAGUUUGGGUUCUUCUGACCUCAAUGGUCAAAUACCUUUAUGGUUAUCAAAGCUCAAGAAUCUAGAGAUGUUGGAACUGAGUUUCAAUGAAAUCACAGGGCCAAUUCCAAGUUGGUUGGGAACUCUUCCUAGGUUGUUUCACAUAAACUUGUCACACAACCGAAUUUCAGGUGAAUUUCCAAAGAAACUUUGUAGACUGCCAAGGUUGCUUUAUGAACCUGUUGCAUCUCAAGUAGACGAAUAUGAAUUUGAAUUGCAUGUCUUCGAUGUGACCGCCAUAACCCCAAGUCAGAAAUUUUCUUUUUUUUCAACAAUGAUAGACUUAUCUAACAAUAACAUUAGUGGUUAUAUACCUGCUGAGAUCGGACAAUUGCAGUUUCUCCGCAAGUUAGUUCUUGACUCCAACAACUUCUCCGGCGUCAUUCCAGACCAAAUAUCUAACCUAAAAAAUUUAGAGAUUUUGAACCUCUCUAUGAAUCACUUGUCUGGAAGAAUCCCAUUGUCAUUAGUGAGCCUUAAUUUCUUAAACCAAUUUAAUGUCUCAUGCAAUAACCUCGAAGGACCAAUACCAAUAGGAACCCAACUCCAAAGCUUCAACGCUUCUGCAUUUGAGGGGAACCCAAAACUUUGUGGUGCGCCACUUCCAAAUAAGUGCGAACCAAAUAAGGACAUGGACGUAGAUAACAAGAACAACAAAGACGUGGAAAAUGGACUUCAUCAACUUCCAUGGUUUUAUAUCAUUGCAGCAUUGGGGUUCAUAGUAGGAUUUUGGGGUGUUUGUGGUUCUUUACUUAUUAACAAGACAUGGAGAUAUGAGUAUUUUCGAUUCAUAGACAAUCUACAAGAAAGGUUCUAUGUGAUGAUAACAGUUUGCAUCAACACAAUGAAAGGAAGGCUUAGAGGGUAG